AUGGUAAAAAUUACUAUAUUGGUGGUAGUAUUCAUUACUAUCGAACUGUUGAUCGAAAACGGCGCAAUCUUGGAUGCAGUUUGUUCGGGUCCAGAAAAAGUGAGCCAAACUCCGUUGUACCAAGCGGCUCUGAUGAACCACGUGGGCUGCGCAAAGACUCUUUUGCUCCACGGUGCAAAACUUUCAUUGGGAUCAGAAGGGAUUUGUGAACCGUUGCAGAUUGCCGUCUUCAAAGGCCACCUGGAAAUGGUGGCUCUGCUUUUAGACCACGGUGCGAAUGUCAACACCCGGUUCACCAAUAACUUCUUCGAACUCUUCAAGUACGCGCUGCUUCCUGAGGUUUGGAAGGACCAAGAUCUUCCAUUGCUCCACUUUGCAAUCCUGAUGAAGUCCAAGAAAAUGGCGGCAUUCCUGUUCAUCCGUGGAGCGGACGUUAAUAUGGAGACCAGGGGUGGCAAUACGACUUUGUUGCAAGCCAUCAAAGCCAACAACUUUGAAAUGGCCAGAAUACGCCAAUCGGCAAUAUACAUCUAUGAUAUUAAAAUUAAAAAAAAGAUUAUUUUAAAGAUAUUAAACAAAUAUGCCCCUGAAAUUACCAUUAAAGUGACUGGAAAUUCAAACUCCUGGAUUACCAAAGAACUUAAAUAUAAAUGUCAUGAGCGUGAUUCUCUCUAUAAGAGAGCAAAAAGAACUAAAAAUCAAGAUUUACUUGCUCUUUAUAAGGAUAUGAGAAAGAAACUAAAAUUAGAAUUGAAUAAUGCUCGUGAAAACUACUUAAAAAGUCAACUAACUACUGUAUCACCUGGUAAAACAAUUUGGAAUAAACUCAAACGCCUAGGAUUAAUAAAGACAAAACAAACUUCACCCCUGAACUACUUUGAUGCGAGUCUUUUAAAUGAGCACUAUGCUAAUAUAGUAAGGAAACAUCCACCUUGUGAUAUUAACUUUGUAAAUUCAUUAUCUUCCCUAUAUCACAAAAAAGUUGAAUGCUCCUUUAAAUGGCACCAAAUAGAUAUUGUUGAUGUAACAAAAGCUCUACAUCUAACAUUUCAAAAGACAAAAGGGAAAAGUCCUGAUGGCUUAAAUCUGAGUUGGUUACGGUCAAACAGUAAACUAAAAUCAUUAAACAUUGACUCGCUACCACCCAUUAUUAUCAACAAUGUUCCUUUACCGUAUGUAAGCCAAACAAAAUGUCUGGGCUUAUCGUUAAACAAUGAUCUCUUAUGGAAAAAUUAUGUUUCACAAACUGUUAGAAAAGUAAAUGCUGUUCUCUAUACAUUAAAAAGUCGGAAAAAUAUUUAUACUACUGCUAUCAGAAAACUUCUAGUCACUGCAACUAUUCUUCCUCUUAUUGAUUAUUGUACUGUAGUGCUUAUUGAUGCCACAGCUGACAAUAAUCUAAAAUUACAGCGAGCAUUAAAUAGUUCAAUACGAUUUAUUUAUAAUCUAAAGAGAGAUGAACAUAUUACUCCAUACAGACGUAAAUUAAAUUGGUUAUCUGUGAAGUCAAGACGUCUAUAUUAUUUAAUCACUUAUUAUUAUAAACUAUUGCAAACAGGAAAACCUAGUUACCUUAGGGAAUUAUUUGUUGAAGAUGAAGCUAGACGUUCUGAAAGAUUAGCUAUAAAAACAAAUAAUGUAAAUUUUGAAUUGCCAAAUUUUUCUACAAAUUAUCUUGAAAAUUCAUUUGUAGUAACUACAAUACGUUUGUGGCAAAAUUUACCUGCAGAAAUUGCGAAUGCAAGCAGUCUAGAAGUGUUUAAAACAAAGAUCUAUGACUAUUUCUUGGAACUUGACUUUCAGUAA